AUGGAGGGUGCGGAGGAGACAAGCCUGCUGGGGGAGCGCGGCGUGGGGCAGCCGGCCCAGUUCAAGACCUACCGGCGGCGGUGGGUGCUGCUGGCCGCCGUGUGCCUGCUGAACUGCUCCAACGCCAUGCUGUGGCUGACGUUUGCACCUGUGGCUGAUAAGACAGCUGCCUACUUCCACAUUUCCUUGGAGAUGGUCAACUGGCUCUCAAUAGUGUACCUCCUCAUCUCAAUCCCAUUUGGUCUGGUGGCAACAUGGAUUCUUGACACUGUGGGGCUCAGAUGUGCUGUGAUCCUGAGUGCAUGGCUGAACAUGAUGGGUAGCAUCAUCCGGCUGUUCAGCGUCCUGAAGUUCCUGAGCUUGGGUUCCCAGAGUUACUGGUACUUGUAUAUUGGGCAGUGCCUCUGUGCACUGGCACAGCCCCUUAUCAUCUUUUCACCAACAAAAGUGGCAGCACUAUGGUUCCCAGACCACCAGAGAGCGACAGCAAAUAUGAUUGCAUCAAUGUCCAAUCCUUUGGGUAUUUUUAUAGCAAACAUGCUGUCACCUGCACUAGUUCCUGAAGGAAAGCACAUCCCAUUGAUGCUAGGUGUCUAUGCCAUCCCAGCAGUAACAGCCUGUGUUCUAGCAACUGUGGGGAUUCAUGAGAAGGUUCCUCCAACACCUCCUUCAGCCAGUGCCACUAACUCCACCUCCCAGCCAUUCUUCACAGGGCUUAAAAUGCUGCUGAGAAACAAGCCGUACAUCAUCCUGGCACUGUCCUUUGGAGGAGGAAUUGCAGUGUUCACUUGCUUUACAGCUUUGCUAGAACAGAUCCUUUGUGAAAAGGGGUAUUCAAAUAAAUUUGCCGGCCUGAAUGGUGCACUGUUCACAGUGUGUGGUUUGUUGGGUGCUUUCCUGCUAGGCCUGUAUGUUGACUGGACGAGGCAUUUCAUAGAGUCUACCAAGAUUUGUUUCUGUCUGAGUGCCCUAGCCGGCAUCAUGUUUGCUGUGGCUUCCCGGUUCAGUCAUCAACCCAUCACGGUGGCCAUCGCCAGCUCACUCUUUGGUUUCUUCGGUUUUGCCAUCUACCCCAUUUCCAUGGAGCUGGCUGUGGAGUGCUCCUACCCUGUGGGAGAGGGCACCUCUACAGGCCUGAUUUUUGUUGCAAGUCAGAUUGAAGGUGUGAUUUUAAUGAUUCUGCUACAAGCCCUCACCGUGCGUGUUUCUGCGGAUCCAUCCUCCACCUGCACCCUUGACCAGGAUGGAGCCCUGAAUUGGACAACUUCGGUACUGGUGCUGGCUGGCCUCUGCAGUGCUCUGGCUUGUUUCUAUGUCAUCUUCUUCCACACUGACUACAAGCGGCUCCAGGCUGAGACUAACAGUGGUGAUUUUUUCAAGGCAGAAGAUACAGCAACAGAAGAUGUUCCUGAAGCCUAACCAGGCAAAAAAGGGGAUGCCAAGAGCCCAAUAAGGGAAGAAUUUAGGCCUAUGAGCAGGGACCAUGACUGCAAAUGCUCAGCUAGCACGGGGAUAUCUGGGUCCUGAUGCACAAUAAGCAAGGGCUGGAGCAGAGUUACUGCAUCACCUUUGCUGUGUUUUUCUCAAUCUUGUAUUUAUUUGUGAGUCCAGGCUGUAAGAAAGGCUUUGCUGCUAGAAAGGUCAAAGUCAGACUGGACAACUAUGCAGGUAACAGGGACUUUUCGCGGACUUGAUUCAAGCUAAAGAAAUGUUGCAGAGGAAAGGAGCAUCAUAUUUAAUAAUUUUUUUAAAUUUUCAUGUAUUUGAUCAAGGGGGAAGCUUUCAGAAGGGUAGAAGCCUAUCAAAAACCUAGUGGAAAGCUACAGCUUAAGCACUGUGGUUUUUGUACAGCAUAACAACUCUUCCUUUACCCUGUAACAUUUCAGUGGUAAAAAAAUGAGACAGAUGAGAUUUGGUGAUGCUUCAUACUAUGCAUCUUGCAAGGGGAUCUGAGUAGGAGCACAGCACAGAGGAGCUCUCUCAAUGGCUGAAUUCUCUUCCCCAUUAGCAACUGGAAAUCUCCCCCUUUGUUAAACACCUACCUGCAUGCUUCUAGGGAACCUGCUAGUUCCUGCAGCUCCAUCCUUGCUCUAACCACAAGCACUGAUGUUUGUCAAAAGGAGCAGGAAGUAAGUGUGAAACUGAGGUGAAGCAAGAUCAAUUUGGAACUGUCAGAGAAACAGCAAUUAGCUGUCUUUUGCAAAGCUGGAUGGUCAGUUUUUGCAGCCCUAGACCUAAUACACCAAACAAAUUAAUACCAAAUUGAUGUGCCACUCCUGACUCCUACUGUACUGAGAAGCAAGAAGCACUGGGUACUUUAUAAUUUUAUAUAUUUACAAAUGCUUAUGUUUUUUUAAAUAAA